UGCAGUUAGUGGAAAAGUAGCUACACCAUGUUAACCAGCUUUUGGAUUCUCAUCGUUUUCAGGCUUAGCCUGAGUAUGAGCCUGCGAUGGCCAAGGGACGAUCGUCUGUCGGACACGGAAGUCAGCAAGUUUAUGAGGAGCAUGGAUGUCAUACCGGAUGUCAUUGAAAUCGGACCACAGGAGUUUCUCAAUGUCACGUAUCACGGCUAUAUAAACGUGGACAGUGGAAAGCUGCUGCAGCCCAUGGAUGUGCGCGAUGAACCCACUGUGCAAUGGCCCGCAGCUAUUGAACACUACUACACCCUGCUAAUGGUAAAUCCGGAUGCACCCAGUGUCGUGACGCCAACGAACAGGGAGUUUCUUCACUGGAUGGUGCUAAACAUUCCUGGAAAUCACCUGGGCAUGGGCGAUGUUCGCGUAGGCUACAUGGGCGCCACUCCGAUGCCAGGAUCCGGCACCCAUCGAUUCGUCUUCCUGCUCUAUAAACAAAAGGAUUACACCAAAUUUGAUUUCCCGAAGCUGCCCAAGCACUCGACUAACGGUCGAAGCGGAUUCAAGGUUCAGGGAUUUGUCAAAAAAUAUAAGUUAGGCUGUCCAGUUGCUGGGAAUUUCUUCACAUCCACCUGGAAUGAAGAUGUUCCGGCUCUUAUUAAAGCCAUUUCGCACGGAUCCGGCUAAAUGGAUGAGAAAUAAAGCAUAACAACAAAUCAAUUAAAACACA